UUUUGUACUAAUGAAAACGUGCCAUGGUUCGCAUUUAUAUUUUUAUGUACAUUUGGCACAAAACUGGCCAAUUUGGAAAGAUCAAAGUUUCCCACAUCGGAUAUAGGAUAAGCAUACUUUAAAAAUUGACGAUGGCGCGGCGUGGGCUGUGGCUGCUGCUGCUGCUCAGCAGCCUGGCCGCGACCGCGACCGGCGUCAGCGGCCAGGCGGACCAGCUGACGCCGACCGUGGCAGCCCGAGCCGAGGGGAGCGGCGACGCCCCGGCCGACGAGCGGCCGCCCGUGCCGCUGCCGGACGCCCGGCCGCCGCCGCCGUUCAUCGAGCGGCUGCCGGCGGAGGGCGCCCAGUUCGGCGCGCUCGACGACUUCUCGUCGCGCCAGGGCCGGCCGCUGCGCACGUGUCACCGGCCGGCUGUGUGUCAGCCGCUGCGGCGCGGCGCGUGCUUCGGCACGGCGCUGCGCCACACAGCCACCUCGCUCAACCUCACUGUCGGUAUCCGCUCGCAGGAGAGCGUCAAGGAGGAGUUGAAUCGGUGGGAGGCACUACAGAACAUUCCGAAAUGCUGGAGUGUAAUCCAGCCAUUCUUAUGUGCUGUUUUUAUGCCCAAGUGUGAAAAUGGAUCCGUGGAACUGCCAUCACUGGAGAUGUGUCAGAAGGUGCGCGGCCAGUGCCAGUUCGCCGACGCGCUGUUCGGCUGGCCGCCGUUCCUCGAGUGCCACGAGUCGCGCUUCCCCUCCAACUGCCGGAACUCCCUCCUGGACCUCAAGUACAACACGAGCACCUCCUGCCUGCCGCCGCUGGUGCCGACCAAGAACAAGCUGGCCUUCUACCCAACGGUGGAGGGGUGUGCCGAGCCCUGCCGCGGCCUGCUCUACACAGACCAGCAGCGCCAGGACGUGCACCGCUUCGUGCACGUGUUCGGUGGCCUCAGCUUCGCGCUUACCUUCCUCACCGUGAUGACGCAUGUCAUCGACUGGCGCUCCUUCUGCAAGUAUGCUGCCAACCGGUGCAUCUUCUACAUCAACCUCUGCCUGUGCCUGGCCAUCCUGGGCUUCCUGGUGCAGUUUGUGGACGAGUCGCGCGACACGGUCGUCUGCCACCGGGACGGCACCGCCCGGGGGCCGGGAUCGGAGGAGUCGGCCACUCCUUGCACGGCCGUGUUCGUGCUCAUCUACUACCCGGUGAUCGCCGCGCUCUGCUGGUUCGUCAUGCUCGCCUUCUCUUGGAACAUCACCUUCAAAACAUUUGGUCAGUCGCGGGAGAUCCAGGAGCGGCUUAACGGGCUGACCUCAUACUUCCACCUGAUCUCUUGGUCGGUGCCGUUGAUCCUGACGACGGCGGCGCUCGCCACCUCCGACGUGGUGGACAGCGACUACCUGUACGGCGUGUGCUUCAUCGGCUUUGGAAACUGGCACUACCGACUCGGCUUCGUGCUCGUGCCGUCCGUGGUGGCCACGCUCGUCGGCGGCUUCUUCCUGAUCCGCAGUGUGCGCUUCCUGGUGCGCCAGAGGCCGGACAAGACCGAGAAGAAGCUGGUGGUGAACAUCAGCAUCGCGCGGCUGUGCGUGUGCGGCUCGCUGCUGGUGGCGGCGGUGGCCGUCAGCGUCGCCUGCCACGUGCUCGAGUACGGCGGCCGCGAGCAGCAGCGCCACGAGGUGCACCGCCAUCUGCUGUGUCGGGCCAACGCUACGGCGCGCCGCCACCUGGACUACGGCUACGGCUCGCAGCCGGCGUGUCCGGUGUCGCCGCGGCCGGCGCCGCUGCUGCUCAAGGCGCAUGUCUUCUGCCUGUUCGCCGUCGGCGUGCUCUUCUCCAGCUGGGUGUGGCGGCGCUCCACCCUGCGGUCGUGGAAUCGCUUCUACCGGCGUGUGGUGGGCAAGCCCGAGGAGCGGCCGGUGCGACGCAUCCGCAAGCACCAGGUGAUCGCGCAGGCCUGGUCCAAGCGCUAUGACCUGGCGCAGCACGGCCGCAUCUCGCUCAGCUUCCACAGCACCCACUCGGACCCCGUCGGCAUGUACCUGGGCGGCCUCAACAGCGGCACGUCCGAGUCACCGUCGUCGUCGUUUUUCGCGGCGAUCCCAAGCCUGAUGGAGCGGCGCGGCGCGCUCAUCGGCUCCACGUCGUCGGCGCUGGGCCUCAGCCGCAACUCGGACGGCUCGCUGUACAGCGUGUACAGCCGCGGCAGCCGGUACAGCCGCACCAGCCGACACAGCAGGUACAGCAGACGGCUCUCUCACGACUCUGAGGUAUCACGCCGCCACUCUCUGGACUCGACGCGCUCGCUGUACCGCUCGGAGGCGGACCGGGUAGCAGCGCUGCUGGGCGUGGAGGCAGAGAGCGGCGGCUCGGUGCAGGGUCGUGACAACGCCAGCUACGUGGACUCGGAGCCGGAGGAGGUCGGCGCCGGCCGCGCGCGCCGUCGCUCGCACGAGGACGACGGUCGGCGCCGCCAGAGCCGCGGCCAGAGCUCCAACGUCUCGUCCGGCUCGUCGAUCGUCAACCUGCGCCAGCGGCUGCUGGGUGACGUGGCCGAGUUCGCGCGCGCGCGCCGCAAGGCGCCGCGCGACGCCUCGCCGCCCUGGACGGAGGCGGCCAUUGAGCUCGCCAAGCUGGCGGACGGCGGCGGCGCGCGCGAUAACCAGGCACUUGUCAGCGUGGCGGUGCAGACGGCACCGGCCGAGCCGACCGGCGACGGCCGCGCCAGCCUCACGCUGCACAACGACCUCCCCUACACCAAGAACGCGCAGCGGCUGUCGCUGCCGCUGGAGCCCGAGCCGGAGCCGGACGCCGAGAAGGCGCUCAACGCCAGCCGACGCUCGUCCGGCUCUGGCGGCGCGUCCGCACUGUUCGCGGUGCACUAG